AACAUGGCCUCCAUUCCUUUUCUGCAGGCUACCCCUCCUAGAACGACAGACACAGACGCUCAGGGACCACAGUCUUGACUUGGGGAGCUCCUUCCUGUGGCCUGCUAGCUGCUCCCCUGCAUCCUCCCUUCAGCCUGGAUUGGUGACACACCCUGAGGAGAUAUUUCCAGGUAACGGGCUGCUGAGUCUGAGGACGGCCGAGAUCGGGUCACUGGCACUUUGGUUUGCUGGCAUGGGAAACUUGCUCAAAGUCCUGACCCGGGAAAUUGAGAAUUAUCCGCACUUUUUCCUGGAUUUUGAAAAUGCCCAGCCUACGGAAGGAGAGCGAGAGAUAUGGAACCAGAUCAGUGCUGUCCUCCAAGAUUCCGAAAGCAUUCUCACAGACCUGCAGGCUUACAAAGGCGCAGGACCAGAGAUCCGAGAUGCCAUUCAAAACCCCAAUGACAUUCAACUUCAAGAAAAGGCUUGGAAUGCGGUCUGCCCCCUGGUUGUGAGGCUGAAGCGGUUUUAUGAAUUUUCCAUCCGGCUUGAAAAAGCUCUUCAGAGUUUACUGGAAUCUCUGACAUGUCCUCCCUACACACCGACCCAACAUCUGGAGCGGGAGCAGGCCCUGGCAAAGGAAUUUGCAGAAAUCUUACAUUUCACCCUUCGAUUUGAUGAGCUGAAGAUGAGGAACCCAGCUAUUCAGAAUGACUUCAGUUACUACAGAAGAACAAUAAGUCGCAACCGUAUCAACAACAUGCAUCUAGACAUUGAGAAUGAAGUGAAUAACGAGAUGGCCAAUCGGAUGUCCCUCUUCUACGCAGAAGCCACGCCGAUGCUGAAGACGCUUAGCAAUGCCACGAUGCACUUUGUCUCAGAGAAUAAAACCCUGCCCAUAGAGAAUACCACAGACUGCCUCAGUACGAUGACCAGCGUCUGCAAGGUCAUGCUGGAGACACCGGAAUACAGAAGCAGGUUUACAAGUGAGGAGACACUCAUGUUCUGCAUGAGGGUGAUGGUGGGGGUCAUCAUCCUCUAUGACCACGUGCACCCUGUGGGAGCUUUCUGCAAGACAUCCAAGAUUGAUAUGAAAGGCUGCAUAAAGGUGUUGAAGGAACAGGCCCCGGACAGUGUGGAAGGCCUGCUGAACGCUCUCAGGUUCACUACAAAGCACUUGAAUGAUGAAUCGACUUCCAAACAGAUUCGAGCAAUGCUUCAAUAGGGCCCUGCUCCCAGAAGAGGAUCUGUGUGCUGACCUCAGAAGAUGUAUAUGUUUACAUAAUUUAAUACAGAUUGAUGUUAAUACUUGUGUAUUUACAUAACCAUUUCCUUCUUGUCACUGAAAUAUAUGGACCUUAAUUUGUAUCCUGACUGACUCAACCCAGCAGAGCAUAAAUUGUCUUGAGAGCCUUACCUUUGACGUCUGAAACGGAAAUCCUUUCUUCCCAGGGCCACAUUUGGAAACUUCGAUCUUGGCUGCUGGAGUCUUGUAAUGACACCUGUAACAAAUCCGAAAUUCUGAAUAGUUUGUGGUAUUGUUUUAACUCUAGAUGUGUUCUCUCUCUGGGAGGAUAGUUUAUAGAAACACAAAGUACUUGAUUUCCUGUGUCGGCUCAGAUACAAGAAACACACACAACUGUUGUCCUGGUAGAGAUAGAGAGGGAGGGAGAAGAAUCAAGAUAAGAAAAAUGCAUGUGAAGAGCGGAGCACAAGUUCUGAGUUCAGCACGCCACGCCACCCCCCUUCCUUCUGCCUCCAAACCUCACGUGCAUGCCCCUUUUCUGUAAGCACGUGUUUUAUUAACCCAAAAUAUUCUCCUUCUGUCUCAAUCCGUGUCCCUUUUACUCCCUUUUAGGUUUUGCUAGAGGAAAAUUGCCUGUCUUUUAAUCCGCUAAUGGGGAGGCCAUGGGAUAGAUAGAGGGGUCCUUGCAGGGGGAUUGAGGAAAGUGGCUAUCUUACGAGCAUUUGAGAGAGAGUUCGCAUAAGGACAGUCAUAUCUGUGUCAACCCUCUGCCUGCGGGGGCAGAUAAAUGGAACUCUGGUUGCGAAUAAGUCCACUCACCUCCCAGGUGAGUCUGCAGAGUUCUGGGUACACCACCCUUCUUGAUAAGGGAGCCCCCCUACAUACACACCUUCUCUAUCAAAAUGGACUGUCAUGUCAGAACUGAGAACUAAGGCAUUUUGUUAUUUACCAGCAAACCGGAGGAAUUUAGAGAGAGGAAAUGGACGUUUUCUGAUUACCUGGUGUCAUCCUCCGCUGGUCUGAGGACUUUGGCAGAUUCGCUUUUAGCCUCCCCUUCGUCACGUAGAAAGUAGACAGUGUUGGGGCUGGAGAGAUGGCUCAGUGGUUAAGAGCACUUGUUGCUGUUGCAGAGGAUCCGGAUUCGAUUCCCAGCACCCACAUGGUGGCUCACAACUCUCCAUUACUCCAGUUCCGGGGCAUCCAGUGGCCUCUUCUGAUCUCUGUGGGCACCACACAUGCACAUAGUGUGCUUCUAAACAUGCAGGAAAAACACUUAUACACAUGAAAGAAAAUAAAUGAAGCUUUAAAAAAUCUAAAACAGUUCCAAGAGUCUAGGAACCACUCCACCAACCUUCCUUCCUUCAUAAAUUCCAGUGAGUAUCCUUGUGGUUAUCAAUAUCACCGGGCCUGUAGUCUUUCUGCCUAUAAGUCAGAGCUGAGUUAGAAUGGAAUCUUGGAAACACAUUCUGACCUCUAAUGGAAAGAUGUGGGCACACAAGAUGACUCCUAGAACUAGAUCCCUGGGUGUUCCCAUGUUCCCACCUGAGUCUAAACUCUUCCCUCUUCACCAUGUGGCCUGUGAAUCUAUCCAAAUGUGUGGACGCUUGUAGAGAAAUCUUGAGGCUAACCUCUGUUGUUACUUGCAUAUCUCUGCUGGAAGGAGAGAAUUGUCCAGACAGUUGAUGAAUGAUGGAAGUCAGGUCUAGGAUGAUCAGAGUAUGGUAUUAUUGGGUUUGCAACAUUCCAAGAGAAGAGCUGUGAAAUACUAACACUUCUAGGCUAGGGUGGCCAUUGAGUCCUCCCAGAAAGGGGAUACCUGGUUUGUUUCAACAAAGAAAUGCAAACAAGUGAGAGAACUGGUCCCCUGGUCUAUAUAUCAACGUAGUCAAUGGCGAGGGAGACUCCCUGUCCCUUGGCGCUCUACCAGCAGAGUAAGUACAGUCACUUGACUGAUGUGAGUCUUCUCACUAGAACAGAAUCAUGCUAGUUGGCUUCCGUGACCUUGUCAAAACUAGGAAUUCCAAGAUCCAGAGGAAGCCAUACAAUGUGAUCAUGUGUGAUGAGUCAUUCUCCAGUGUUCAGCUUUAGGGAUGUUCUAUUUGACAGCUCUAGGCAGGGCUCAGCUGGGCAACUCUCCAGCCUCCAAGAGCGGAGAUGCACACUACUAAUGAGCAGGUGCCUAUUUGCCCUUUCCUCAGGAGAGGAGGUUGAGAUUUCAAAGAAGAAAGGACUGCCCAGUUUCUCUUGGGCUCUUACCCACAGACCUGAGCCAUGAACCCAAGCCAAGUAUCUACACCAUAGCUGCCUCUCAGCUGGCUACAUAAGAAAACAUUAGAGAUUACCUGUCAGAUCACACACACACACACACACACACACACACACACACACACACACACACACACAAAUACACACAGAGAGGACAUUUGUAACUUUUAGACUUUCUAGUCAAUGGGACCAAAUGUGUGUACGGGUGCUGUCAGUCUGCUUCAGUUUAACCAGUCCGUUAUCUCCAAGAUAAGACUCCACUGGACUUGAAUUUUGAGAAGCCCAGGGUCUGAGUAGUUGCCUCGGGUCACCAAGAGGACAGGCUGAGUGUGUGUCUGUGAUCACUAACAGGGAAUGGGCCUUGAGUCCACUCCAGAACUGUUGUGGGAGACCAAUUCUCUUAACAGACUGUCCAGUAGGCAUCUUGAAAAAAUUGGUUUUUCUUCCUUUUUUAUUUUUUAUUAUUUUUUUGUGCUAUAUGCACAUGUAUCCAGCACUCAUGGGUAGUUUGGGGGAAAGUACUAGGGACAGGGUCAGUGUUAAUAAUACUUCAUAAUUGAUGUCUCAUAGUUUAAAAUACAGAGUUUUAUAAGACUCAGAUAUUUAAUUUGAGGCACGAAAGAAGGUAAAAAUGACGUUUCCCAGACAUGUUUCAACUUUUGGCAUGGUAACUCCUCUCCCAUUCACCUAGGCAUCCAUAGCAAAAGCUUGGUGGAAAUGGAUAUUUUUAUUUGUGAUAAAUAGAGCCAGAAUAUUAGAGCCAGAAUACUAGCUAAAGACCACGAAGAAGGUCUUGGGUGUAUUUUAAUAUUUAGUUAAUGUAUUCCUCAUCAACAUAUGCAGACAUUCAUAGUUAUCACAGUUAUGCCAAACAUGAAUGACAAGCCUAAGUUUUUGAGACAUCAUCACAAUUAAGUCAGCAUUAUUUCAUGCUUCUUCAAGAGCAAGAUGAAACCUACCUAAUCUAGGGAUCCCGUUGUACAGUAGAGUUCAGACUCCCCAUUCAACCCUAUAUAAUAGGCAUCUCUCGAAUGUUCUAGACAUUAAUAACUAACAUGGGAUUUUAUCUUCACCAGCCCCGAUCUUCAGAACUCCGUCGUCACAGUAUACUUGUAAAGAUGGCCGCACAUUAGCAGGGGCUUUGACGCUGUUAUACGUUGUUUGCCGAAGCCAUUGUAAUUUUUUUUUUUUUUUGCCUGCAUUGCCUCUUUUUGUACAGAACUUUUGAGUGUGAAAUGAAAAUUAAAGUUUGGUACAUACAUAAUCUAAAGCCAUGCCUUUAUAUGAUGCACAGGGUCAAAUGGGUGGUACAGUAUAGAUGCCUGCCUAGCCCGAGCCCGCGGUAAGGAAAGCAUGGCAUGCCAGCUGCUCUUCCUCCCUCCCCACCACAGCUUCUUCAAACAUGUCAUGUAAUUCCCCAGAGGCCUGCUUUUGGAAUCACUGAUCUAAUACUCAUUUCAACAAGGACCUUCAUUAUAUUAAAAAAAA